AUGGAAUUUAAUAUUAUCUAUCUAUCUAUCUAUCUAUCUAUCUAUCUAUCUAUCUAUCUAUCUAUCUAUCUCAGUCUGUCCAUUAUCUAUCUAUCUAUCUAUCUAUCUAUCUAUCUAUCUACGAUUCGCUACAUUUAUAUCUGGGCGGGUAAUGAAAUUGUUGCUUAUGUCUGCUUCCCGAGUAUUUCUGUGAUAUAUGGCCCAGAUGGCUUUGUCUCCUUUCUGGCUCCCACUUUCCCCCGUUUGUUGACUCAAACAAUAUCUAAUCAAAUGAUUAGCACCACCACAUCUAUGGCAAACGAUAUCGCUCUGUGCAUCAUUGGCAGAAAUUGUUCACUAUCUAUCUAUCUAUCUAUCUAUCUAUCUAUCUAUCUAUCUAUCUAUCUAUCUAUCUAUCUAAUCUUUAUCAUUAAUUCCAUACAGGUCAUUCUUCAUUCUCUUGAGAUCAUCAUUAAUUCUCUCCAGGUAAUCCUUAAUUAUAACAAGGUCAUUCUUCAUUCUCUUGAGAUCAUCCUUAAUCCUUUUCAGGGUAAAUUUAAUUCUAUACAGACCACCCUUCAUUCCUUUAAGAUCAACACUAAUUCCCUCCAGGUCAUCCUUAAUUCAAUAAAGGUGAUCCUUCAUUCUUUCCAGAUCAUCCCUAAGUCUCUCCAGGUCAUCCUUAAUGCAAUAAUGGUCAUCCUUUAUUCUCUUGAAAUCAUCCUUAAUUCACUCCAGGGCAUACUUAAUUCUAUCCAGGUCACCUUUCAUUCUCUUGAGAUCAUCCUUAAUUCUCACCAGUUCAUCCUUAAUUUUAUCCAGCUCAUCCUUCAUUUUCUAGAGAUCAUCCUUAAUUCGCUCCAGGUCAUCGUUCAUUCUAUAAAGUUCAUCCGUCAUUCUCUUGAGAUCAUCCUUAAUUCUCACCAGUUCAUCCUUAAUUUUAUGCAGCUCAUCCUUCAUUUUCUAGAGAUCAUCCUUAAUUCGCUCCAGGUCAUCGUUCAUUCUAUAAAGUUCAUCCGUCAUUCUCUUGAGAUCAUCCUUAAUUCUCACCAGUUCAUCCUUAAUUUUAUGCAGCUCAUCCUUCAUUUUCUAGAGAUCAUCCUUAAUUCGCUCCAGGUCAUCGUUCAUUCUAUAAAGUUCAUCCGUCAUUCUCUUGAGAUCAUCAUUAAUUCUCUGCAGGCCAUUCUUAAUUCUCUCAAGGUCACCUUAAUUCGCCCCAGGUCAUCUUUAAUUCUCUCGAGGUGA